AUGAAACUACAAAAUGUUCCAUACAAUACUUAUCCAACAAAUGUAUUUUUGAUUUUGGGUGGAGAGGGACCAAUUGUUCCUGAAAUGACAAGAAGAAUGCCUUUCAUUAGUGUGGCAAAUGAAUCAAAAGCAUUGGUGAUAGCUCUUGAAUUAAGAUAUUAUGGAAAAAGUAUUCCAGUUCCUGAUUUAUCAACUGAUAAUUUAAUGUAUCUUUCAACUGAUCAAAUUCUUGAAGAUAUUGCUGAAUUUCAAAUUGAAUUUUCAAGACAAUUUGGUUUGACUGAGGCAAAAUGGAUUGUCAUGGGUUGUUCUUAUGCAGGUACUUUGGCUGCUUGGUAUCGUAUGAAAUAUCCACAUAUGGUAGGUGCUGCAAUUUCAUCGUCGGCACCAUUGAAGGCUGUCACUAGAUUCGAUGCCUACGAUAAAAAAGUUAGGGCUGCUCUUGGUCCAAAAUGUUCUUCCGCUUUCAAAUCAUUGUUUGAUCAUAUUGAAUAUGAAUUAAUGGAACUUAAGAAUCAAUCCAUUAAGGAUGUAUUUAGUUGCAACCGUUCAAUUGAUGAUAGAAUGUUCUUAUUUAUGUUAUCUGAAUCACUUAGUUAUUCAGUACAAUAUAAUUCAAAAUUUAAAUUAUUAGCAAAUAUAUGUCCACUAUUUAUUAAACAUUCAAACAAUAUGAGUGCAUUGUUAGAUAUGUUUAUUGGAUAUAUUAAAAAUAUGUUUUUGUUUCAAGGUACAACCUGUGAUGAUUAUAAUAUUUUCACAUAUGCAAAUACUGAAAUAGAUUACUCUGGAACUAGACAAUGGACAUGGCAGAUGUGUAGUGAAUAUGGUUGGUUCUUGGUUGCCUCUGAAAAGAAUGUAACAUUGAAGUCAUCACUUCUCAAUGAAACCUGGUGGCAAAAUGAAGUUUGUAGAAUUUUAUUUGGUAGACCAAUGAAACCAUUUGUAGAAAAAAUUAAUUUACUAUAUGGACCUGAUAAUAUUAAACAAUUAUCAAGUGUUUUAUAUACUAAUGGAGAUUUGGAUCCAUGGAGUACAUUGUCGGUUUCAACUUCAUGUGAUGCUCCCAUCUCUAAUAUCUUAAAUAUUGCCGGUGAAAGUCAUUGCGCAAACUGGUACGGAGAAACACAAGAAGACUCUUGGGAUUUAAAGAAUGCCAGGUUACUCGGGAAUGCAUUCCUACGUCAAUUUAUUAAAUCCGAUUGUAAGAGAGACCAGUGUGAGAGAAAAGGUGGUAUCUGUUUGCCCAAGAAAGAUACAGAGAGAACUGCAUCAUCAAUGUGUGUCUUCCCAGAUGUACGAUGCUCUGGAAACAACCGUUAUUUCUCAAAGCUUGACUUGGACGACAAUACCAUCACCAACAUAACCUAUGUUGACCCAGCCGAAACAAACAACACUACCAACGAUCCCAAUGGAUUCGACAGCGAUCCCCCAACGUCGUCAGCAGCUUCCGCCACAUUUCAAAUCAACGCAGGAGUAGACACCAUUUUUUUUCCAUUCCAAUGUCCGACUUUCAUAACUCUAUUUUCGAUCAUUAGCUUAAUACAACUAAUAUAA